UAUAAAGAAGCGAUUUUCCGAACUUCUUUCGGUUUCUGUUCGUGGAGCCCACGAAAUUGCCUUUGUGACUGCACAGUUCUGAAGGGGUCAUAAAAUCCUUCCUUUUAACCUUGUUUUUGCCUGAAAAAAAAAAAAGGCGUAUUUUGGAUUUCCUUACCGAAGAAUCAAAAGGUACACAAAUAAAGGAUAAAGUAUUUUAUGAGUCAAAUCUUCAAUCAAGUGUAAUAUUUUGAUGCUUGGCAUCUAGACCCUUUCUGCCCUCACUAUGCCAGCAGCAACUGUAGAUCACAGCCAAAGAAUUUGUGAAGUUUGGGCUUGCAACUUGGAUGAAGAGAUGAAGAAAAUUCGUCAAGUUAUCCGAAAAUAUAAUUACGUUGCUAUGGACACCGAGUUUCCAGGUGUGGUUGCACGACCCAUUGGAGAAUUCAGGAGCAACGCUGACUAUCAGUACCAACUAUUGCGAUGUAAUGUAGACUUGUUAAAGAUAAUUCAGCUAGGCCUGACAUUUAUGAAUGAACAGGGAGAGUACCCUCCGGGAACAUCAACAUGGCAGUUUAAUUUUAAAUUUAAUUUGACGGAGGACAUGUAUGCCCAGGACUCUAUAGAGCUACUAACUACAUCCGGUAUCCAGUUUAAAAAACAUGAGGAGGAAGGCAUUGAGACCCACUAUUUUGCAGAACUUCUUAUGACAUCGGGAGUAGUCCUCUGUGAAGGGGUCAGAUGGUUAUCAUUUCAUAGUGGUUAUGACUUUGGCUAUUUAAUCAAAAUCCUGACCAACUCUAACUUGCCUGAAGAAGAACUAGACUUUUUUGAGAUCCUACGAUUGUUUUUUCCCGUCAUUUAUGAUGUGAAGUACCUCAUGAAGAGCUGCAAAAAUCUCAAAGGUGGGUUGCAGGAAGUCGCCGAGCAGUUGGAGCUGGAGCGGAUAGGGCCACAACAUCAAGCAGGAUCUGAUUCAUUGCUUACAGGAAUGGCCUUUUUCAAAAUGAGAGAAAUGUUCUUUGAAGAUCAUAUUGAUGAUGCCAAAUAUUGUGGUCAUUUGUAUGGCCUCGGUUCUGGUUCAUCCUACGUACAGAAUGGCACAGGGAAUGCAUAUGAAGAGGAAGCCAACAAGCAGUCAUGACAUGAAAGAGCCCUUCCAUUUUUACUUUAUUUUAUUUGAACUACACACAUGCUUGUAUAUAGGUUUUAUCUCUGGUUGAACCCCGUGGACAAUAGACAAUACCUUAUUUUUCCCUUUCAGAGCCCACUUAUUUUUUGCCUGUCAGUCCUUAAGUAAGAUCAUUCCUAUUUCAGAUCUUCAUAAAGAAAAGCAUUCAGGUUAAAUUUGGCCCUAACUUUGACCCUUGUUAGCAAGCGUGUGUGACAGAAAAUGGGGGAAGCCACAGCAUAUUUAAUAUUUUGAUAAAUUUCACCUACUUGGGCUUGGUUUGUCUUUCCCCUCUUAAAUUAACUAGCACUGACUGUAAUUUAUUUCCCUGUUUCAUGUCUCUCCCAUUCUACAGGAGUUUUAGCUAUUUGAGAUUGUGGACCAUCAAUUUUGCACUUUGGAGAGUGACUGUAACUCAAAAUCCUCUGUUUUAUCAGAAAUUUUGACAUUUGAUCUUAGCUGGAAAAAUAACCAUCUGCCAACUUUAAACAGUAUUUAUUUUUGAUCCACAGAAGAUAGCACAUUAAUUGUGUACAUUGUUGACUCAUCAAGACCAACCCCCAAAAAGACAAAAGAAACUACUGAGGAACUUAGAAACUGCUGUUUCUGUGCGUAGUGUUUAAUCUUCCAAGCACAUCUCGUGUCUGUCAGUUUCUAUUUGGCAUGUGUAGGCUGCUCUGUGUUUAGAGGUUUUCAAACCAGCCUUACACCCUUCAGGAAAAGUCCCUUGUGGUUGGAUAUUUUAGUAACUGCCAGGAAACUGGUCUCCCAGAUGUUGAGGCUGCAGUAAUUUUAUGAUAGCACACACCUCUUGAUCUGCUUCUUCUGUUCCAUCACUUUUUACUUUUUAGCCAUACUUAUGACGCUCUUGAUUUGUUGAUUCUACAAAUCAAUUUGCAUUAAACUCCAAAGAUAGCAAGUCUUUAGGUAUAUUUUGUACCAAAAUAAAUUAGAAGACAAAAUCGUGCUUUCAUAGUUGCUGCAAAAAUAACAAAUUUGGUGCAAAACAACAAAAUUCAAAGGAUAUAUAUGUGCGCUUAUAUAUAUAUAUCUAUAUAGCUAAUAAAAUUACCUGAGGCGUGUAAUGCUUGUUUAUUUUUUUGUGUAUAUCUUUGCAAUCUAUUUUAUAUAUGUUGACAAAAGAGACUGUGAAAUAUUUUGCCAUCCAGAAUAUGUGACCAGACCAGAGCAUGUGUAGGAAGAUGUUUUGGUAAUCAUUAACUUUACCCUGAAAUGAUGGACUACAAGUUAUGAUGUGUGUGAUAUCUACACUUCAAUCAGUACUAUUAGCAAAUCUCAAAAUGUCAGCCACAUUGGUUUGUUUCCCUUGUACGUUCUUUAUUCAUGAUGUGACAAUGCUGUGACUGGGUGGUCCUUUUUAAACAAAACGUUAUUUGCAAAACAGAGGGUAUUAUUUGUUUUUAAAGCUUUUGUAAAUAAAGGCUUCAGAAAUGUUUUCUUA